CUCUUUUGCCGGAUGUCUGAGUGAGGCGGACGGUACUCUACUCUCCUCCUGACUCACCGCUGUUCGCUCGCUUGCUCACCUGCUUUUUUUGUGGCAGAAAAGUCGACGAUUAAGUCGGUCAGGAAGUUACCAAUGGCAUUCAAAGAUACUGGUAAGGCACCUGUGGAACAGGAGGUUGCAAUCCAUCGCAUCAGAAUUACCUUAACAAGCCGCAAUGUAAAAUCGCUUGAGAAAGUAUGUGCUGACCUCAUUCGCGGUGCAAAAGAGAAGAACUUAAAGGUUAAGGGACCUGUUCGCAUGCCUACCAAGACUCUCCGCAUCACAACCAGGAAGACUCCUUGUGGUGAGGGUUCCAAAACUUGGGAUCGUUUCCAAAUGAGAAUCCACAAGCGUCUGAUUGAUUUACACAGUCCAUCUGAAAUUGUGAAGCAGAUCACUUCGAUCAGUAUUGAACCUGGUGUUGAAGUAGAAGUUACCAUCGCUGAUGCUUGAAUGUCCAGAAAUCC